AUGAAAUUAGCACUUGUAUUUUAUUUGAAUACUGUUAUCUUAAGCGCUAACGGUGGUCUCGUCAAAAAUAUGUUCGAUGAAGUGCACAAACUGAAACACAGUAUUUUCGAAAACGUAGUAGGUACAAUAGCAAAGGAAACAAAAAUUGUUGUUGGUGAAAUUGGUGAUUUGUUGCAUAUUGGAAAAAACAAAAAAGCUACUCCAUCGAAUCAAGACACUCGUACAACAACUUCUGUUAAUAAAUUAACUUCAGCUAUUAUGUUUAACAAUAAUAAAGAUAUCAAUGAUUUCAAGGAAGUUAAUACUGGUAAUACGUUAAAAAAAUCAACAUUACCAUACUUAAAUAUUGCGAAGGAAAAUGAAGACUCCUCUAAUGAUUAUAAUUAUGGCGAAGGCAUUAUUUCACCAAGAAUGGGAAAAAUUGCAACAAAUAUCAAAGAGAAA